GAUGGUCUUUAUUCCUCCACUUUCAAAGUAACUAGAGAGUGGAGGCAGGCUGUAUCUUUCUCAUCAGACCCUUCUCGGAGAGGCAUGCCAAUGCCAGUGCCUCCUGGCAGCGCUGUUUGCCCUCCUCCUGAGGAUUUUUUCCCAAUCAGGGCGGGUUGAAGCUUGCUGCUCCCAGCCCCUGCAGCCACAGCCUUGGAUGCUGACCACAAGGACAGCCAGGUGCAAACUGCCUCUGGAGCGGGCACUGUGGGUGCACGGAGGAGACCCGGGGCUUCCAGGAACACCCACCCUGUGGCCCAGUCUGGACGGUGAGAGAGAAAGGUGUGGGAUGCGCAGGUGCCACCCUCCUCCCUCAGUGAACAGUGUGUGUCCCGUGCUGCCUCCUGCUCUGAAGAUGGUGGGUGUUCCUGGCUGUGCCGCUGGCUGUCUCCUCCCCGUCCUCCUCCUCCAGGUGCCCAUGUGGUGCUCUGCAGCGCCCGGGUUUUCUGUGAAGGGGCCAGCUGAACCCGUCAUGGUCCUGCUAGGGGCAGACGCCACUCUGCCCUGCCAGCUGUCCCCUGAGCAGAGUACAGCCCACAUGCACAUCCGGUGGUACCGAGCCCAGCUGUCCCCCGCUGUGCUUGUGUACAAGAAUGGGCAGGAACAAGGUGGAGAGCAAAUGCUGGAGUACCGUGGCAGGACCGAGCUGGUGGGGGACUCCAUCAGCAAGGGGGCCAUGGCCCUGCUGAUCCACCACGUCCGUGCCUCUGACAAUGGCCAGUACCGGUGUCAGUUUAAGGACGGUCACAUCUCCCAGGAGGCCACUGUCGAGCUUCACGUUAUAGGCUUGGGCUCUGACCCUCACAUUCACAUGACGGGGCCUGAGGACGGUGGGAUUCGAGUGCUGUGCUCCUCAGGUGGCUGGUUCCCAAACCCCAGGGUUCAGUGGAGCGACAAGGCGGGAGUGAAGCUCCUGUCCCACUCUGAGUCCCUGACCCAAGAUGGAGAUGGGCUCUUCCACGUGGAGGCAUCACUUGUCGUCACGGACAGUUCUCUAGGCAAUGUGACCUGCUCCGUCCAGAAUCCCCUCUCUGGGCAGGAGAAGGUGUCAACCAUCUUCCUCCCAGAGCCCUUCUUCCCCAGGGUGUCUCCAUGGAAGGCAGCCCUGGCUGGGACGCUCCCUGUGCUGGUGCUCCUCCUCAUCGGGAUCAGCUACACUGGCUGGAGAGAACACCUGGCCAAAGAGAGAGAACUAAAGAAGAGGGAUGAUGAAUCUGAUGAACGUAAUCAGAUGAAGUGUGAAAAGGAAAAGGCGCUUAAUGCCAAAGGUAAAUUGGAGCAGCAGGAGAGGCGGAAGAAGUUAUACGCUGCAGAUUGGAAGAAGGCCCUGCUAUAUCCUGACUGGAGGAAGGAACACUUCCACCCUGCUACUGUGACUCUACAUCUUAAAACUUUUCUCCAGAACAAUUCUGACACGGAGAGAAAAGAGACCUUGAGAGAGGAAACACAGGAUCUCUCUCUUAGUAACAAGCAAGGAAACGGCAACCUCAUCACACUUAAUAUGGAAGGCUUCACGUCAGGGAGAUAUUACUGGGAAGUGGACAUUGAGGACACUGAUGAGUGGACUCUAGGCAUUUAUGAGGAGCCCACAGACAGCAGGAGAUUACAAUUCAGAAUCUUAGAGAAGAAGGGAUGUGACUACAGGGCUCUUGCCUGUUGUCUCCAAAAAUAUUCUCUAUCAGAGCAUCUCCUGAUAGAAAAGUGUCCACAAAAGAUUGUGAUUUUCUUGGAUUACGAGGACGGUGACAUUUCUUUCUAUAACAUGACUGAUGGUAGCCACAUCUUUUCUUUCACCCAGCUCAGCUUCUCUGGGUCACUGUAUCCUUACUUCAAACUGGAAUCCAUGGAGCUUUCCCCAUCUUCUCAAUAUUAAGUGAUUUAGAGGGAAAACCCGGUACCAUGAAGACAGUAGCCCAUUCUCUGUAAUGCUGCUGGGAUUCCAGUCUUGAUGGGUGGCCCCGAGCCAUUGACUUCGAAGCCUCUUGGCCUAAGGCCCUAUAAGUCUGCAUGACCAGAGUGUCUGACUACAUCCAGCAGUGUCUCUUAAACAACCUCCAGAGAAGUAGAAUUUUUUGCUUAUUGCUAUAAAUGUUGUUUCUUGAUUUAUAUAUAUAGGUAUCACAGAAUGAUAAUUUUCUAAAAUGAAUUACUGCAAAAUGAAGUGAAUAAAAGACACAUGAUUACAAGUGGUAAUUA